AUGACUAGCAGAAGCUUUGACGAAGAAUGUGAUUCAACGCGACAUUGGUCUACUGGUUAUAAAGUUGAUUGUUCUACAAAUACAUUGAGACAAUCUCAACAGUUUCCACAAAAUUAUUUCAAUGAAUCUUGUAUUUUUAAUUCAAAAAAUGAAACAAUUGCUCAAACAUCUGUAAUAAACAAUCAGUCGAAUUCAAUGUUAAACCCUAGGCAACUAACAGACCAUGUUGCCAUUCAAUAUCAAACAUGGAACAACAAUCCACAACAUGUAAUUACAAACAUGAAUAAUCAUCGAAUAUUUUUUACAAAACCUUUUCAGAAAACUGAAAAUAUUAUUAAUCUAGAGAAUAGGAAGAAUGAUUCAAAUCAACUGAUGUCACUAAAUAACACUGUACAAGAGACAACACUAUUGUCAACGGAAGAUGGGCAAACAAAAAAGAAAAGAACACAAAGAAAAACAUGUAAUGUUCAACCUCGAAAGCGAGAAAAACCUCAAAGAACUUUUGUUGAAAAUAAGACAACAACUGAUCGAACGAAAAAGAAUAAUACCGAAAUAGUGCCAAAGGGCACAAAAAAACAUUUUGGUAAAACAAAUGUGAUAAAGCGUAUGAAACGAAAUUAUCACUCAAUAAUAAUUCAAUAUUUCAAAUCAAAAAAUCGUAAAAAGUCAGUUAAAAAAUUAGAAGAGAAAAUGGAAAUAUCAACAUCAAAUGUUGAGUCGACAAGCAAUAACAAUAUUGGUUUGAUAACAAAUUUAGUUUCAUUCGAAUCAGAACAGCAGCAUGCUGAUAAUUCAAAAAGAGAUGACAUUCUCACAGUCACCGAUCACGAUAAUAAUGGUUCUUCUUUAGAUAAGGGAAAAUCAUCGAUUAUUUUACCAAAAUUAAAAAUAACACUUGAUCAGCAUCGAAAUGUUGAAGCAAUAUAUUUAUGUUAUCAUCGACUUAAACCAACUGUGGCGAAAACAGAUCAAAUUGUCAAUGAACAAGAAUGUUAUGACAAAAAUAUAAAUACAAAUAUAGAUGAAGAUAAUUUCACAUUAUUGCUAAAAGCCGUUGAAUUAUUAGAAAAUAGUGAAAAUACUAAUCAAUAUCGUCCUUCUUUAACCGAUAAAGUGAUAUAA